CUGCAAUCUGUUUGGAACUGCGCAUGCGUCAGAAUUAUUUAAACUCUUAUUUUGAAAUGAAAUGAACUCUCCUCUGACCGGAACCUGAAAACCCUAGCUUCACGUACACACUCACCACAUCCGGUUAUGACUCGGAAGGUGGUGUGCAGAUGGAAAUUGGAUCACAGAAACGUGCGCGUGAGUGAGUGACAGAGAGAGAAAGAAUAAGAGAGUGAUAGAGUGAGUGAGUGAGAGAGUAAGAGAGAGAGAGUGAUAGAGUAAGAGAGAGUGUGAGUGAUAGAGUGAGUGAGUGAGUGAGAGUGAUAGAGUAAGAGAGUGAUAGAGUAAGAGUGUGAGUGAUAGAGUGAAUGAGUGAGAGAGAGAGAGUGAGAGUGAUAGAGUAAGAGAGAGUGUGAGUGAGUGAGUGAGAGAGAGUGAUAGAGUAAGAGAGAGUGUGAGUGAGAGAGAGUGAUAGUGAGUGAGAGAGAGUGAUAGUGUGAGUGAUAGAGUAAGAGAGAAAGAGAGUGUGAGUGAUAGAGAGAGAGAGAGUGAGUGAGUGAGUGAGUGAGAGAGUAAGAGAGAGAGUGUGAGUGAUAGAGAGAAUAAGAGUGAGUGAGUGAGUGAGUGAGUGAGUGAAAGAGAGAGAGAGAGUGUGUUAACCAUCAGGAGAGGAAACGCAGCCCGUGCAGUCAGAAUGUCGGCUCUCAGGACGAGGUGCCACCGGUCAGUGGGAACCGAGCUGUCUCUGGUGGAUGUGGGGGACAUGGAGGAUCUUCUGGAUCAGAUCAGCAAACUCCAGCACCAGGUUUCAUCACUGCAGCAGGAACUGAAGCGACUUUCUGAGGAGAGAAGACUGAGUGGAGCUGGAUUAGAUGCCCAGAAGCAACAAACACUACAUGACUGUGUUGGAGCACCGAGGGCGUGUGGCGUUGGAGAAACUGAACAACCGUCUGCCAGCACACCGGAGUGUGUGCGUGAAGGGGAUGAGCUACAGGAGGGUGUGUCUGAAGGAGAGGAGGCGGAGCCUUUACAGGAUGGAGAUGAACGCACAUUAAACACACUGUCAAAGGUGUGUUCAGUAAAGCUGAUGGACUGCAGGAUGGCGCCGACACUGAACACACACAUCACACGGGAAGAAGCGGAGGACACAGGACAGGAUGAAUUCGACAUGUCAUCCUUGGACAAAUGGUUGAAACGGUCCAUAAGCCACGGAAAAAGGUCCAGCACCUGCUCAGAGUGCGGAAAAACGUUUUCCAGACCUUCAACUCUCAGAGUACACAUGAGAAAACACACCGGAGAGACACUUCCUCACUGCGCAUGUGGAAAAACGUUCUCAUACACGUCGUCUCUCCUCAGGCAUCAGAAGGAGUGCUGUUCGCUCUUCUGUGACUCUCAGAACGCGCGGAAAGUUCCACCGGAGGAGCAGAGGCAAUACCAGUGCUCCUUCUGUGGGAAACAGUUUUCUACAAAGGGUCAUGUGACCAUCCACGAGCGACUGCACACAGGGAAGAAGCCGUACGAGUGCUCGGAGUGCAAACAGGCUUUCGUCAGAGUGGACCGGCUGAAGGAACACCAGCGAGUGCACACGGGAGAAAAGCCGUACGAGUGCUCUUACUGCGGAAAACCGUUCGCGCUGCUUGGUGGCCUGAAGACGCAUCACAGGACGCACACUGGUGAGAAACCGUACAAGUGCAACAUCUGCAAGAAACGCUUCACUCAGUCCACAAAGCUGAAGAUUCAUCUGCGAACACACACUGGAGAGAGACCGUACCGCUGCUCAGAGUGCGGGAAGGCAUUCGCUCGGACCGAGCACCUCAGGACGCAUCAGAAGAUCCACAGUGCGGGGAAACGGCAGGGCGGAGCUCUGCGUGGAGGACGUGUGGUGUCAGUAGCGUACUCCACAAAGACCCAGACAGCAGAGUAACUAAUCCCUGCCUCGCCUGUGUGUGAGACGAGUAGACCUAAUGUUCGCUCAAGUUUCUUUGGCGCGUCAGAAACGAGACAAAUUUGACCAGGAUCCUGAAACCGCUCUGUCAGCCAUGUCUUCUCUCUGCUCAGAAAGCUCCGCCUCUUGCACUGUCUACGGAUGAGAUAUGCUUGUUUUUACUUUCAAAACGUCUACAGCUAAUUUGUACCAAAGUCACUGAUUAUGGGUUUAAAGUUUAAUAUUUUUAGUUUGUUGGUCGUCUUUAUUUUUAUUUUAAACUGGUUCCUGUUCAAACACUGUUAUGUUUAUGUUCGUGUGUUCUGUGGAAGAGACAUUAAACAGAUCUAAAGCUU